UCUAGAGCUGGAGGAGGGAGAAAGAAAACAGAAUGGGGACCCCUGACGAAGGCGAGCUUUUUGCAACGAAGGAGGCUGGGCCACGGUCAUCUCCUUCAGCCUCUGCUGGAGCAGACGAGAAGCCGACGCAAACAGUUUCUUCUGCAGAUGGAAGAGGAAGCACAACUGCUACUGCAGCAUCUUCGAAUCCUCAAGGCGCAAAGAAGUCCACAAACCCGUUUUCACCAAGACCCUCCCCUCCUGCGGUCAGCCGUCUCGAAGUUGAUACCGAUGCGACCUCUGGUAACAUACAAGCACCUCCAUUACCUGAGCAAGCUCAACCUACGUCCCCUUCUUCGACAUCAAGUGUUGCAUCCAUCCUCAAGACCGGACUUAUCUCUUGCUCGCAGCAGAUCUCCCAGAUGAUGAAUCAAGGCACGACAAACGCUCCUGUGUUUUCCCCGACAUCCAGGUCGCGAUUUUCCCUCAACAGUACGACUACAUCAACGUCUAGUACGUCGACUACAGCCACAAAAAUAAAUAUGUCUACCGCAUCAACAUCAACUACAACAACAACCACGACUGGAGAUGUGAGUAGAGUGUCAGCUCCAGGACCACCUAGUACAAAUCCGUUUACAUCAGCAUCAAUAUCGGGACCUACAAGAAAUAACACAACCUCCUCCACUAAAGUGGAAGAAGGUCGUGCACACGUCGGAGGUAGAAAAAAAAUAAUGGGUGAAGGUGAAGGAUUUAAUUUUAACCUCCCUCAGUUCGGGACUAGUCCGUCAGACGAUGUUGCCUCACCUCCUACGAGACCUGCACGAGAACAAUCGCGCUUUAUUGUGCAACACCCACCUCGUGACGCGUCAACUGCAACCUGGAGCGAUACUUCGGAUGAGCAACAAACUGCAAAGAUCAACGCUACAACCAUGAUCAAUGAGAAUAGAAGCAAACUACUUGGAGAACCUACUCCAGCUUCUGCUUCUUCAGCAUCAGCUGUUCCACCUGUAGCUCCGCCAGCUUUUGGUUCAAAGAAGUCUGAAACUGUUAACAUCCGCAGUAACCCUUUUCUGCAAGCCGAUGCAAAAGCAAAACAAGCUACAAGUACAACAGGAACAGGAGUUGCAAAUACAGGAGGAUCAUCUCCCUCUAGUACGAAUGUGCAGCCUUCUGCUUCGGGAAUGCCUUCUUCAUCUUCUUCAGGAGGCGGAAAAGGAUUUGGAGUACUUCUAGCUACCUCCGCGACGACCUCUAUUAAGGCUAGAGGAAAUCCAUCCUCACAGGCAUCAUCUUGGUCCCGUUUCUCAAGGGAAAAAAAACGGAAGAUGCCGCUCAAAAUGGGGGAUUUCUUCUAGCUCUAACUCUACUACAUCUUCUUCAAGUACAAGUACAAUAAAAAAUAAACCGGUGCCGAAAAAUGCUGGUACCGGACGUAAGUUGGGGAAGUUGAAUCAGUUUGACUUUAUUCGGAAAGCCGAAAUGGACAUGCAGACGAGGCCAGCGAAUUGGCGAGCGGAGAAGAACAAGACUUUGAUACCUAUGAGCGAGGUGGCGAAGCAUAAUAAGAGGCACGAUGCGUGGAUGGUCUUGGGCGGGAACGUCUAUGACGUCACGAGUUACAUGGCCUAUCACCCAGGAGGAAAAAGCGAAUUGAUGAGAGGUACUAAUACUCAUCAUACAUAAAUAAUUAAAUACUAGUAUUAAAUACUACUAUUAAAUACUCAUCAUGUACUACAUGUCUGAGAACAACUACGUUGUUUUUGAUCGUCGAUCUGAUCGAGUAGAACCGACUAGAAUCCUAACAUCAACAAUUACACUGACAGGUACUUUCUUGUUGAAUCAUUGAUUCUUCCAUAGUUGCAGAUUCACCACGCUCACAGCCACAGUCACCUCCUCACUCAUCAUCAGGUAUAGGCACAGACGCUACCCAAAUCUACAACGAUGCGCACGCAUGGGUUUCGUGGGAUGGUAUUUUGAAGUCCGAAUUCCUCGGAAAAGUAAGCUACAAUGCCUUCGACAACGCGGCUGCCACAUCAACAAAUAUGGGAGGUCCAGUAAAUCUUACUGGACUACCAGACAGCUGGUCUUCUUCAAAUGCUUUGCAGCCACCUCCAGGCAAGGAAGGACGGAUGGAUAAAAGUGGUGGCAAAGGAGGGUUAAUGGAUAAAAGUGGUGGCAAAGGAGCAGGAGCAGGAGGCGUAAUUCUAGAUUCUAAUUCUGGAAGAACAAGUGCUGGAACAAAAGGAGGAGAUGUUCCAGUAUCUGGAGCUGCGCGAAACUCUAUAGGCAGUGGAAGGAAGUUACUCGUACCCCCUGGUGGUGCACCCUCAUCUGGUCCUCCAAAGUGAGCGACACUUCAGAUACUACCCCAUAUCAAAACAGACUUGUUGUCAGUGUACUACACUUUCCCUGGGUGGCCCCCUUUAACUGUUUUUCGCGUCAAUGCUCUUGUCGUGCAUAGAUGAAGCAUCAAAAACCGCAAGGCAAUUUUUCAAAGCAUUUUUGAUCAAAUCAAUGUUACAAUUAACAGUACUUUACUACUAGCCGAAAGUAGUGCACAGAGGUACCAUGACAUGACAUGACAGAGCGUUUGUUCUUAAAGAUGAUGAUGAUGAUGAUGAUGAUGAUGAUUUUCCCUGACGAUGGCACACGACUUUCUAUUCGCCGAAGGUGACUGCAGAUGUCAAUUGGAAGUUAAACGACAC